AUUGUUAGUACUACUAUAAAGAUAUUUCGAGCCUUGGUUACAUUUGGGUUUGCCUAGCCUGCUAGAGUCGAGCGAAGAUGUUCCGAGCAAUGGGCGUCGUCCUCAGCGCCGCGAGGAGCGGAGUGGCCAGAAGGGCGGGAAGCUCGUCUCGCUUCCUCUCUGGGCCGUCCGAUUCUCGGAGGCUGGCCGGGAAGGUGGCCGUCAUCACCGGCGCGGCGAGCGGCAUCGGCAAGGCGACCGCGGCGGAGUUCGUCCGGAACGGCGCCAGGGUCGUCCUCGCCGACGUCCAGGACCACCUGGGCCGCGCCGCGGCUGCCGAGCUCGGCGGCCCGGACACGGCCUGCUACACCCGCUGCGACGUGACCGACGAGGCGCAGGUGGCGGCCGCAGUGGACCUCGCGGUGGCGCGGCACGGCCGGCUCGACGUCAUGUUCAACAACGCCGGGAUCACGGGCGGCAACUACGCGGGCGCCCCGAUCGAGUCCCUCGACAUGGCCGACUUCGACCGCGUCAUGGCCGUCAACCUCCGGGGCGUGGCCGCCGGCAUCAAGCACGCGGCGCGCGCCAUGGCCCCGCGCGGCCAGGGCUGCAUCCUCUGCACGUCCAGCACCGCGGGAGCGCUGGCCGGGUCGGGCCCCCACGCGUACAGCGUCUCCAAGACGGCCGUCGUCGGCAUGGUGCGGUCGGCGGCCGCGGAGCUGGCGGCGCGCGGCGUCAGGGUCAACGCCAUCUCGCCGUACGCCAUCGCCACGCCCAUGGGCGCGCGCUCCGUGAGGGAGAUGCUGGGGCUUCCGCCGCGGGGUGCCGGCGACGAGGAGGAGGAGGAGGAGCUGGUCAGGCGGGUCUUCGAGGAGGACCUCAACGAGAUGGGCGGCGGCGUGGUGCUGCGCGCGGAAGACGUCGCGAGGGCGGCGGUGUUCCUGGCGUCCGACGAUGCCAGGUACAUCACUGGGCAUAACCUCAUGGUGGACGGCGGGUUCUCCGUGGCGAAGCCGCUCAACGUGCCGGCGAGCUGAGGACGGCGAGAAUCGUGCCGGGUUACAAGAAAAUUGCCAAGGAACAGAGCGAGCGAAUAAUGUCUGUUCAGACUUCUGACCAAUGGCGGCGAGUAAAAAACAUGCCCAUGCCCAUAUUUUUCGAUGGAUAAACAACGGACGGUUCAACACAUUUAUGAAAUAUACUUUUGACAGAAAUAUGAAAUUGAACUUAGUUUCAUGGGUCAAAUAAAAGAGAUUCAGCCGUUCAAUUCCCAUGGUACACUGGUGCAUUUUCUUAAGGUAGUAUAAUCCAAUUGAACUGCUUCCGUA